AUGUUGUACCUUGUGGGCCUCGGUCUCGCAGACGAAAAGGACAUCACAGUCCGAGGACUGGAGGUUGUCAAAUCUGCUUCAAGGGUAUAUCUAGAAGCUUAUACGAGUAUCUUGCUGGUCGAGAAGGAAAAACUAGAAGCUUACUAUGGCCGCCCUGUGAUUGUCGCGGACCGUGAACUUGUCGAGACUGGAAGCGACGAUAUCCUCGAAAAUGCCAAAGAGGUUGAUGUUGCGUUUUUAGUCGUUGGGGAUCCAUUUGGAGCAACGACACACACAGACCUCGUCCUCCGAGCCCGCGAACUCGGCAUCCCAACCAAAUCCAUCCCCAACGCCUCAAUCAUGUCUGCCAUCGGAUGCACAGGCCUGCAACUCUACAACUUCGGUCAAACCGUCAGCAUGGUAUUCUUCACAGAAACCUGGAAGCCUUCUUCGUACUACGACCGAGUUAAAGAAAACGCGCAGCUGGGACUUCACACUCUUGUGCUGCUGGACAUCAAAGUCAAGGAACAAUCGCUCGAAAAUAUGGCGCGUGGACGGAAGAUCUAUGAACCACCACGAUACAUGACUGUUGCGCAAUGCGCGAGUCAGAUGCUGGAGACGGAAGAAGAGAGACAGGAAGGUGUCUAUGGACCGGAUAGUCUUGCUAUUGGCGCUGCGCGUGUGGGUGCUCCAGACCAGAAACUUGUCGCUGGUACGUUGAAGGAGUUGACGGGUGUCGAUAUGGGAAAGCCUCUUCAUAGUUUGGUGCUGCUAGGUAAGAGGGCGCAUGAUCUGGAGAAGGAUUAUAUUGAGCAGUUUGCGGUCGAUAAGGAGACAUUCAAUGCUGCUUGGAAGAAAGGGUAUGGUCAGGCUUAG